AUGCAGUGGAUCUGGCAGUUUUUUUUUCAACACGAAUGUUUACGUGAUCGUUUCAUCUGUUGGCGUGUGCUUAAAAACGUGGUUUUAUUCCGUGAAUGGAGUUUAAACACAACGUUAAAACAAAACGCUAUUCGAUUGGAAUUUCCUGCUCCUGUCAUUUCGACUGGUAUUUAUACAGUGGAAAGCUGGACAGACGAAGCAGUGACGAUCAAUGUCGUGACACAUGGUGGUACAAUCCAUCGGUUGACGUAUUCAAUACCAAGUGGAAAUGAUUCAAGUAUUUUUUCACAAGCAGAUGCUCAAGCUUUUCCAGACCCAAAACCAGCUACUUGGAGUCAUUGUGAUGUAGUACAGAGUCUACAUAGUGAUGAGAUGGUAACAGUUGCUCUAUGGAUAAAUGAGUAUAAUCUCGUCUUAGGCACAGAUGCAGGACGUGUGCUUGGAAUGAACUUUGGACUCCCUCCUACGGAUACGAAAAACCUGCAAGAAUUUAUAUUUUCGGACGAAUCCAUCGUGAGUUGGAUCUGGCAUGGAAUAAUUAAAUCUACAGCAGCCAAGUUAAAGAAUAGUAUAAAGGAGGAAGAUCGAAAAGAUGUUCGUGCAGCAGUUGUAGCAAUGACGUGUUUUCAGAUUGACGGAGAGGAAGAUGAUGACGGACAGGCAAAAGACGUUUGCGUGGUCACAAUCUCGGCUGAUUGUGUACUGAAAGUAUGGAGUUUCUGCUCUCAGUCGUGUUUAGGCCACCAGGAGCUCCGGAGGUUGAAGAUGUUGACUAAAUAUGAUGACAAUGAAGAGGAAAAUGAGGAAGCAGGUUGGAAUGACGAGGAUAUGGAUAGUGAUGACGAAUUGAGCAGCAGUGGCACCUAUGUCACUCAUGCCAAGGUUGUUGCACUGACCCCGACGGAAUCGGAUAAUUGCAGAUUAAUGGUGCAUCUGGAUACUACAGCGGCACACUCAUCUGAAAUUUUUUUGCUAAGAGGUGACGUGCAGCUUUCUGCUGUCUCAAGUGCUGGAUCUAGUGGCGACGAGCUUGCGUUAGUGAUUGCAAGGGUUUUUACAACUCAGGCACCGGAGCAGAAAAUGAAGCGUGGACUGAAAAUGGUAGAUUUUGCUAUUGACAAGAAUUUUCUCUUUUCAUCGUGGAGGUCACUAGAAGGAGACGAGGUGUACAUUCACCCGAACCCGAUGGCACUCACGGGCCCAAAACGGAUACUAGGUCAACAUGUUAGCAGCCUUGAUAUGCAGAUGCAAAAGUACGAGAUUGAAGACAGUGAGUGGCUCUUUGAUCUGAAGGAAGAAGGUGUUAUGACGCUUAUUGAUGACUUUUUUGUCGAGCGGAUACUUCUGCCUGGGCGCUUUUCGCGACAGAACCUGUCGAAUGCCAUUGUGGAAGCACAAAACAGUGCGCUAGUUGGUUCAAAUUUUCAACUACCAUCUGCUCUUCGUUUGUCUAAGUAUAAAGAUGUGUUGGUUCGUCUUGUGUCAAGUCGAUACGGGAAAACGAUUAGUGCUGCCACUACUACUUGCAAUGGAUCAGCAUCGAGCGCUGCGCGCAUUAAAGCUUGGAAAGAGCUUAUUGCAAUGUGCACGAAGUAUUGGCAGUGCGAAAAUGUACCUAUUGGCUUUGCUACGACGACAAAUGCACUUCUUCCUGGCGCGCCUGUGAUGCUGCGCCGUAACCGCGUAUCUUUGUUGUUCCCAUCGUCAUCAUCAAUUACUGCCACAUUUAUCCCACCAGCGGAGCAAGGCUGUACGCGUGGAGAGUGCAUGGCUGAUCUAUUUUCUGACGUUCUUCCAAUUUUUGACGCAUUUCCGAGCCAAAGUUUUCAGUCUUUUGUUCACCGUGAGGUUGUUGAUGUGUCUACCGAUUGGAAAGUAGAGUCCUUUGUGGCUUUAGCACGCCACUGCGUUCGCCUUGGUGUGAAACCAGAUUUUGCCACUAGCGCCACUGCUACGGAGCAACCUGCCAGCGCAGAUCUUGUUUUUGCCCGCGCGAUUCUACGACUAAGCAAGUUGAUAGGUGGUGAUGCCGUCUUCCAUGACCAAGUGUUUCAUGAUCUUGUGGAGCACUUGUUACCAUUUGACCUCUGGUGUGGUCCAGGAGCGCACGAGUCGUCGUCACUGAAGCGUGAGGGCAGCUCCAGUAGCGAUGAUGACACGGACACAUUUACCGAUAAGGAAGAUUUUGUGAUGGCGGAUGCCGCUACUUCGAGCGAUUACUACUCACCCAACAGCCGGCCGUUUUUCGCUGGCUAUGAAAUGAGCUUUGCUUUUGUCCAUGUGGCGUCGCGCUCAAUCGAUGAAAUGUGCAACCAGUCGCUUCGUGUGGUGCUCUUUCUUGCAUAUCUAGUGGACGCUCGGCCCGCGUUCUUAGGGUCUGCAACGCUUAGCAAGAUUAUGCGGGUAUACCUGCCUAAAUCUAUUUCGGUGUAUCAGCGGUGGCGGCUCAGCAGGUGGGUCGCUAGCCAAUGCAUUACACAGUCAAUCGCUGAUAACGAUCCUGCUAUUACCUCGUCGGCUGCGCUCAUGCCAUCACUGCUGCAAAUGUUCGUUAUGGACGUAAACGGAAAGCUAAAUGAAUCAGACAACUUCAAGCGAGCGCUUUCAGUAUUGCAGCUUGCUAGUGCAAGUAAUAACGUGCGCAGCGAAGAAGCACAUAGCCUGUUGGCAACGUUUAUACGCAAUUUCCUGCAGGAGGUUUCUCAACCCAAUGACUCGCUGGUACGUUUUAUAGAGAAGCAACAGCAGUUCCGACUUUUGCGUGCAUUGUUCUGCUGUAAUCUCAGCGACAUCAGUCUGCACGGCUUCAGUAAGGGAGAGGUUGCCCAGCAAAGCGACCAAGUGCACAAGUACGUGCGGUCGAUUGGCAAUUGCUUAGCUUGCGAAGGCCAAGAGGCUGCAGCGCGCUCUGAUGACGAUGCAAACGCACGAGAUCAUGCUCGUUGGUGUUUCCAGCAAGCUAUCCGCUGCUUCAGCAUUUGCCUGUCAGAUUUCUUUGUGGAACGUAACCACCGGCCCUCGUUGCCUGAAAAGGCCUUGAAGCAAUUUAUUUACGAGGUGGUCGGUUUGCUGAAGGAGACGGUGCCUCGUGGGUUCUACGAUCAAUUACUUAGCUUCCUCUGGACUGUGGCCACGCAGGCGCUAAGCCAUUUGGCUCGCCUUAACGGCGGUGAGCCAAGCUCUGCGGUGCAAUCCUUCAUCUGGGUCAAUGUGUUCAAAUAUUCCGUUGAGGAGCGAUUAUUUCGCGACGCGCAUCUUGCGCUCAUGCACACGGUAGAACAUUCGGCAGCAUUGGGGGUACCGGAGACUGCUGUGGAUGCAGAGGAAACGGCAAGUGAAUGCGUUAAUUACCUGGUAAAGGAGUUGUACCGCUAUGGUCACCUCGACAUCAUUUGCGAAUUGCGAUGGGGAUCUCUGGAGUCACAUGUCGAGAAGUACAUAUUUUGGCAAGCGGCAAACGCCACUGUCGUUCAAGGCAGUAGCCUCAAUGCAGGCGCUGUGCGCUACUAUAAUUUGCUGUUCACGUUUUACAUGCGCAAACAGCAGCCAGCAAAUGCAGCAUCUUCGCUGUAUUCUCUUGCGCUGCGUAUACGACUCGCGGUAUGUACGUCAAAGGCAGCUCUCGAGGCGCAGCGCAACGCUCUGAAUGCAGCCUGUUACACGCUGCGAGCGCUUCCUGCCGAGAACCGCUGGAUUGUUCGCAACUUGCACACUGAGGAGCUCAAGCAUUCAACGCUGGGCGCUUUCACAAAAAGAAAGUUGACACCAUCUGUAAGUGUGGUUACGUUGGAGGAUAUGAAACAUGAGCUGGCUGUACUUGAUGGCAAGCUACGUUUAUUAGCACUUGGUCACGUGGAGAGUGUGCUCUUAAGCACGAUGGAUGGGGACGAGGUGAUUGCUUUGCUAUUAGAUGCAGUCCACAGCAGUUGCUACAAACCAGAAAACAUGACGCUCGCUGAACGUCGGAGAGCUGGUGUGCGCUCGAUUGAGAUAGCUGCUGAAAUUGCAGGCAGGAGCUCGGUGGCUAGCUUGUCUAGUUUGACAAAGUCUUUGGCUCGGUAUUGCGUGGCCAGUGAACAUCCUUCUGUUUCGUCCUCCAUCACGCGAUCCGACAGUAACUUGUUAUGGGAACUGCUGAAGUUGUCGCUGGCUCAUGCGGAAUCACUGACCCAAUACGAGAUCGCUGCUGAGACAAUACUAGACUUUUGGCAGCAACGAGGACGCAAACUUGCUCUUCCUGCGUGGCUUGACGAGCGGUUGGCAAGCCCAACGUCUGGGAAUCCAGCAAUGCUGCUACGGUUGUACCUUAAGCAUGGGCUGUUACUAGAAGGACUGCAGCUUGUCGAAAGCCUACUCCCCGAUGCCGUCACCAGCGGCAGAGAAAGCGUUACGACCGAUUCUAGUAUCCAGUUGCCGAUAAAGUCGAGCCCUGGCUCGUUGAGGCUUCCGUGGAUUCCGUACAAUCUCGUCGAUGCGCUUCUGGACGCGGCGGCAGCCGUGCUGAAGCAGGAUGGAAGUGGCGAGGUCUCACCUGCCGCAGUAACGGACCUUCGUGAACGUGAUUGCAAUCUUCGUCAUCACUUGUCUCGAUACUUUCACUCGAUUAGUGCGCUCCAACAAGCAGAAGAAGCUGCAAGUCUUGCGCGUCGUAGCAUCAACCAGGACUUGUGA